CUUUUCAUCCCAUUAAAGAGAGCACAGCAGUGGCUCCUUCCAGCGGCAUGCUAAUGUGAUGCAAAACUCCCAACAACAAGAGAAAGAAUGUGCAGAGUGGAACUGGGGCAGUGAAAUCAGAAACCCCAGCAGAGAGUUGCUCAGGAAGCAGAGGAAAGAAGAAGAAGCCAGGACAGUCAUAGAGGCGAAUAAUUCCCUUUGUACAGUUUGGGGCAGAGAAUAGAGCACGGGGGUAUCUUGUCAAGGAUCUGUAAACAUCUCCGGCACUUGGAAUAACCAUGGCUGAGCGGUGCACCCCAUGCUCUGCCUUCAUCCCAUUGCUCCUCACAUCAUUGCUUUUCCUUUGUGAUGCACAGAGCACUCCAGGACAAGGUGGCAGCCAUUCGUGCUAUGGAGGUUUUGACCUUUACUUUGUAUUGGACAAAUCUGGCAGCGUUCUCCACCACUGGAGUGAAAUCUUUUACUUUGUUGAACAUCUGGCUCAGAGAUUCAUUGGUCCACAGCUUAGAAUGUCUUUUAUUGUCUUUUCAACAAGAGGAUCCACAUUAAUGAGGUUGACAGAGGACAGAGAGCAGAUCAGACAGGGUCUAGAGGAGCUUCGCAAAGUCCUUCCCGGAGGAGACACUUACAUGCAUGAGGGCAUCGAGAGGGCAAGUGAACAGAUUUAUCAUGAAAGUAUCAAAGGUUACAGGACAGCAAGUGUUAUCAUUGCCCUGACUGAUGGCGAGCUGCAUGAGGAUCUCUUCUACUAUGCGGAACGGGAGGCCAACAGGUCCCGUGAGUUGGGAGCCCAGGUUUACUGUGUAGGUGUUAAAGAUUUCAAUGAGACGCAGCUGGCACGAAUCGCUGAUAGCAAAGAUCACGUCUUCCCAGUGAAUGGAGGCUUUGAAGCCCUACAAGAUAUCAUUGGCUCCAUCCUUAAGAUGUCCUGCAUUGAAAUUCUAGCUGCAGAGCCUUCCAGCAUAUGUGCAGGAGAAUCUUUUCAAGUUGUAGUGAGGGGGAACGGCUUCCGAUACGCCAGGAAUGUGGAUCGAGUGCUGUGCAGCUUCAAGAUCAAUGAGACUUCACCUCUCAACAAGAAGCCUUUGGUAGUGGAGGAUACAUAUUUACUUUGCCCUGCCCCAGUGCUGUAUGAAGUUGGCAUGGAAGCAGCCCUGCAAGUCAGUAUGAAUGAUGGUCUCAACUUUAUCUCCAGCUCUGUCAUUAUAACCAGCACUCACUGUGCAGAUGGGACCAUCCUCGCAAUAGCUCUGCUCAUCCUCUUCCUCCUGCUUCUCCUGGCCCUCAUGUGGUGGUUCUGGCCCCUAUGCUGCACUGUAAUUAUAAAAGCCCCUCCGCCACCCCCAGAGGAAGACAGUGAGGAAGAAGAGGAUGAUGGCCUUCCCAAGAAAAAAUGGCCCACUGUGGAUGCAUCUUACUAUGGGGGGAGAGGAGUUGGAGGUAUCAAGAGAAUGGAGGUUCGUUGGGGGGAGAGAGGUUCAACAGAAGAGGGAGCUAAGCUGGAGAAAGCCAAAAAUGCUAAGGUGAAGAUGCCAGAGCAAGAAUUUGAGUUUCCAUCACCGAAGAUUCUCAACAACAACCUUCCUAAAUCAAACUCUUCUCGAAAGUGGUACUCUCCAAUUAAGGGAAAACUGGAUGCAUUGUGGGUCCUGUUAAGGAAAGGAUACAGCCGAGUGUCUGUAAUGCGCCCUCAGCCUGGAGACAAGGGUCGAUGCAUAAAUUUCACCAGAGAAAGCAAGCCUAUGCCUCCAAGAUACCCACUAAACAAUGCACCACUUAUAUCAGCUCCCUGCAGCCCUAUCUACUCACCUUCCCAGAGCCCCAUCUAUACGCCACCACCAGUUAACCUUCCCCCUCAACCCUUGCACUCUCCGCCUCCUACUCCUUCACCAACAAACUCUCUUCCACCUCCCCCACUAGGACCACCUCCAAAUAGAGCACCGCCCCCUAGUAGACCCCCACCUCAUCCUUCUAUUUAGGAUGCUCAUUGCAGCUUUUUAUCCCCAGUAGUGGGUGAUAGAAAAGUACUUUAGUUUUGUCAUUUGACUGCACGUGUAGAUCUGCAGUUUUAUGGAAGAGCUAUUGACCAAAACCACUUUCUUAACUAUAUCUCCUCCAUUGAGACUGUAAAAGACUAAGCUGUGGAUUUAUAAAAAAAAUAAAACUUCCCACUUCCACGUGCUGCUUUAUAGGUAUAUCUCAAUGUCUGGUUAGCCGUGGAGUCAACCAACAGCUCUAGUUGACCACACUGCAACCCUAGAGCUCAAGUUCAUCAUGAAGCAAGCAUGGAAUUAGGAGCAAGUGUCCAAUAACCCAAAAUCGAUUAACUAUACAUGAGAAAUAAGCCAAAGGCCUGUUGAACCUUUGUUUUACACUAGUUUUGGAGUUUGGUCACUCAAAACUAGGCAAGUCACAAAUCAAAGAAAAAAAUGGACAAUUGGCAGUGUGAACUUUGAUGAUGACCUUAGAAAGUUGAGCUCUAUGUUUCAGAGGAGAAUUAUUCUUGAAUCAAAAUGACCAAGUCCUACACCUCCAACCAAUGAAGAAGUACAAAGAAAGAAGCGAUUAUGGAUUUAAACAUUGUCAAUGGUUAAUCAGGAAAACCAAAAAGGAAGGUUCCACGGAUCAUGCCUAUACAGUGUCAUUUAAAAGGGAAAUAUUGAAUGCUGACAAUACCAAUUAUUAUGGAAAGAGAAGAAAUGGAACCUAGUAUUUUUCAACAGCAGAAGGCUGGACCUUUGCUUCCAAACGGCUCUUGCAGAAACAUAACGUAAUGGCUAAGCUUCGAAAAUGCUUCGCUGAACAUUCUGAGUCCAAAAUGGAAAAUCAGAUCUUGGUAUAAUCGAUAUCCAUGUAUGCAUUUGCAAUAAGUUUUAAACUAACCGCUAUAUUGAGCAGCACAGGGACUUUACAAUGGCAACUCCUAAAAUUCAACGGCUCAGCAGCACAGCUGGUUUGUCAAAGGCGAUCUACCCCAGGGGUAACAUUUACAUAUCAUAGGCUGUUUAGCGAGGGACUAGCAGAUUAAGAAGAUUAAUGACUUGAUUUUGUUGCUUUUUUCUUGUUCUUCAUAUUCAUGAAUAAGUUGAUUGCCUUUUACUUAUAAUCAGGGGAAUUUUCAGAGAAAAAAAAAGCAGCCUUGCUGACAAACAUUGAUUAAAUGCAAUGGAAAACAAUUAUCCUUUCUUUCUGCUAAUGACCAAGCAAAAUAUUAUGUAAUAACAGGUUUAUGAUUUUGUAAGUUACAAAUCAGCUACCCUUUCCUGUGUAUAUUCUAACGAGCACUAUGAAUAAGAGAGGAAAUGUAAAGGGGUUAGUUAUUUCCUAUUGCCCCCAACUGAAAGAAACAUGAAUGAAGGCCUGAGUGGUCUCUAAAUGAUGGUGCUGUCAUGGGAAGAAGAAUGCCUUGUUGAGAGGGAAAGCCAUAGUGGGAAGCCCAUAUGUUGUGCAGAUGGGUAUAAACAAUACCAAUGUAAGCAUUAGCCAAGCUCCACUUUACUUGCCAUAGCUAGACAUGUGCGCUCAUAGCCUUAUUAGUGCCUGAUGUAUAUAUUCAUUUGUGUUGCUUGCUUGUAGUACAUUAAGAACUUGUUCAGCCUUCAGUAUGAACACAGCAGAUGUAAAUUAUUUUACCUUUGAAGUAUCACUAGAUCAAGCAGUGCUUGUCAUAUUGAACUGUGUCAUACAUGGGGCUAUCUGUUAAUACAAAGUAUCCAUAUAAAAGCAAACCACAUGAUUGGUC